UGCCUGCCUCUCCUUCCAAGCUUUUGGUUUCCAAAGCGGCUGCUGUUGCUUUAAAGUCUUCGGGAGGAGGGCGCGUCCUGAGCGCGCAAAGGCGAUGGAGAUGGGGCGCUUGGCAAGGCUGCGGCGGCGCUGAGCGCUCUCUCUCUCCUUGGUUGAGGCUCCCCUAGGCAAGCGAGGGGCUGAGUCUCUCCGCUUCCCCGAUGCACUCCGCUCCCACUGCUCCCUCCCUCCCCCCCUCCCCGGCCAUGUUUCCUCGUUAGCGGGCGGAGCGCUGAACGCCUGCGCGCAAGAGGAGAGCGGCGCUCUGGAGUUUGGCACCAGCAGCAGGCAAGCGAAUCUUUCUUGCCGCCCCGGGAACGCGGGGAUGGGCCGCCUGCACGCUUCUGCCUGUCCCCCGGGCAGCGGCAGCAGCUCCCGCUGAGACUGUGCAGAGGAAGCGCCCCUUUUCCAGCCUUUUCGCACGCGACAAACUGAGUCGUCGGGACGGACGCCCCUACCACCCCACCCUUGCUUUUCUCCAGCGGCACCGUUUCCGCCCCUUUGGACCUCCGCCUCCGCCUCCUGUGAUGCUGGGACGCGCACAGAAUUUUCUAAAGUGUCAAGGAAUUGCCAAGCUAACCCAAAUUUCAAGGGACCCAAAAAUACGCUGCCACUAUUGACUAAGGAAGAAAAGAGGGACUAUCGUCAUCUCUCAUACCAGAACUCCCACUUCAUGCUGCAAGAGCCAAGGCUGGAGUCGCCAAUUUAAGUUUGUUUUCUAAGGUCACGGGCAGCCUGCGCGCCCCCUUUCGCAUUCCACCCCCGAGGCCUCGCAGUUGAGAUGAGGAAUUCAGACGAGCAAACAGCCACGACAGUUUUACAGCGCCUGCUGCAGGAGCAGCUGCGAUAUGGGAACCCAAACGACAGCCGCAACCUCCUCGCUUUGCACCACCAAGCUACGGGCAACACACCCACUUUCGCCAGCAACGGGAGCCCAGGGGCUCCAAGCGAAGGGCUGAGCCCUCAGGACCACCAGGCCGGAGCCCAUGUUGCCCGCCAGGAGCCCCAGGGCCAGGAAAUACAAAUGGACAACAGUGUCAUGGAGAAGCAGCUCUCCCCAAGGCUCCAGAACAGCGAAGACCUCCCAACCUAUGAGGAAGCGAAAGUCCAGUCCCAGUACUUCAGGGGCCAACAGCACGCCAGCGUUGGGGCGGCAUUUUAUGUGACGGGGGUCUCCAACCAGAAGAUGAGGACUGAGGGGCGCCCGACAGUCCAGCGUGUGAGCCCUGGGAAGGUCCACCAGGACGAAGGACUCAAGGACCUAAAGCAAGGGCACGUCCGCUCCCUGAGCGAGAGGCUGAUGCAGCUGUCUCUGGCCACCAGUGGUGUGAAGGCCCACGCGCCCGUCACAAGCGCCCCGCUCUCCCCGCUCUCUCCCCAGCAGACCAACGACUUCUACAAGAACUCUGUGACAGCCCCGCCCCAGCCAAAUAUGAAAGGGAUGGAGCACAGGGGGCCUCCUCCCGAGUACCCCUACAAAAACAUGCCCACCCCUCCGAUGAGCUGUAAGCAGAUGGACCCUGGGCAUUUCUACAGCGACCACCGCCUGGGUCAGCAAGGCCGAGCUGACGGGCCACUGAUGAGGUACCAGCAUCCUCCUGAAUAUGGAUCUUUCAGGCAGAACCCGGAGCACCAGCUGCAGCAGAGGCCUCACCACCACCACAGCCCAACAUCUUCACUCACCUCCUUGGGCUCCAUGACGCUCCUGCAGUCGCUGCCUCCCUCCAGGGUGUCUCCUUCCCAGCCUCCAAACACCCCUGUCCAAGGAGACCCUUUCUCCCAGCAACGGACCCAGCAGCUCUUUCUGCCCAGCCAUGUCCACCAGGGAGAGCUUUACCGGCUCUGCCAGCCUGUGGUUGGGCAGCCGCAGCAGCAUUUCCAGCAGCAGCAGAUGCAGAUGCAAAUGCAGCAGCAACAUCAUCAGCAUCAGCAAGGGGACUCCUACUCGGCCCUCAGCAGGCCCCAGCCAACCCCUUCCCCAUACCAGCAGGUGCCUGUCGACCCUUUCGCCAUUGUCUCCAGGGCCCAACAGAUGGUGGAGAUCCUCUCUGAUGAGAACAGAGCUUUGCGCCAGGAGCUGGAAGGGUGCUAUGAGAAAGUAGCCAGGCUCCAAAAGCUGGAAACAGAAAUUCAGCAAGUUUCAGAAGCCUACAAUAACCUGGAAAAGUCUUCCACAAAGCGGGAGACUCUGGAGAAGACCAUGAGGAACAAGCUGGAAGGAGAGAUACGAAGGCUGCAUGACUUCAAUAGAGACCUCAGAGAGCGUAUGGAAACAGCCAACAAGCAGCUUGCGGAGAAGGAAGGCUCUGAGGAUAACAAGAAAACCAUCUGCCAGCUCUUUGCACAAAACAAAGAAACCCAGAGGGAGAAGGAGAAGCUAGAGAUUGAGCUGGCUGGAGUUCGCUCUGCUAAUGAGGAACAGAGGAGGCACAUUGAAAUUCGCGACCAGGCUUUGAACAAUGCUCAGGCCAAAGUGGUGAAACUGGAAGAAGAGUUGAAGAAGAAGCAGGUUUAUGUUGAGAAGGUGGAGAAAAUGCAGCAGGCCUUGGUUCAGCUGCAGGCAGCCUGCGAGAAGCGCGAACAGCUGGAACACCGACUACGGACACGGCUGGAGAGGGAACUCGAAUCCCUCCGGAUGCAGCAGCGCCAGGGGACGUCUCAGCCGGCCAGUGUCUCUGAAUACAACGCCACAGCACUUAUGGAGCUCCUGCGGGAAAAGGAGGAACGGAUUCUUGCCCUGGAAGCAGAUAUGACGAAGUGGGAACAGAAGUACCUGGAAGAAAGCGUCAUGAGGCAGUUUGCAUUGGAUGCUGCAGCUACAGUUGCUGCCCAGAGGGACACCACUGUCAUCAGCCACUCGCCCAACGCCAGUUAUGACACCUCUCUUGAAGCCCGCAUCCAGAAGGAAGAGGAGGAAAUCCUGAUGGCUAACAGGAGAUGCCUAGACAUGGAGGGAAGGAUCAAGACACUCCAUGCUCAAAUCAUUGAGAAGGAUGCCAUGAUUAAAGUGCUCCAGCAGCGUUCCAGGAAAGAGGCCAGCAAGACUGACCAGCUGUCUUCCAUGAGGCCAGCAAAAUCCCUGAUGUCCAUCUCCAACACUGGCUCAGGCUUGCUCUCCCAUUCUUCAACACUGAGCAGCACACCCAUUCUGGAAGAUAAGAGAGAGGACAAGAGCUGGAAGGGCAGCUUAGGUGUUCUGCUGGGAACAGAAUGCCGCUCCGAAUCCAUUCCUUCCACUCCUUCGCCCAUCCUCCCCUCCCCUCCACUGCUGUUUGCGCACUCCAAGACCGGCAGCCGAGACUGUAGCACUCAAACGGACCGGGGAAGUGAGCAAAGCAAGGUCUCCGCCUCCUCUUCCUCCUCUGCCUUGCCUCCUGUGCAGGGGAGGCUCCCUGCUAUGAAUCUGACCUACACUUCGGACAAAGCAGAUACACCAGUUUUCCAUUCCAACACUCUAGAAAGGAAGAACCCAGCUCAGAAUUUGGGGCAGGACCUCAAUGAUGCAGAAAUGGUGGAGUAUCUCAUCUGAAGAAAUCAAAAGCUGAAGCAGACUAGCAAGAAGUGUCUCCGUACCCCUCCCCCUGUGAAACUUUUUUUUUUUUAAGCAGAUCAUAGUAAAGGAAGCCAGAGCUUUCUGCUGUUUUGUAUAUAUAUAUAUUUUCUCAAAGGUAUGGGCAGGUUAACUUAUAUUUUGUUCCAAAAUUAUUAAAGUAGUUCUGGUUGUUGUUUUUUUAAGAAGGUUCUUUCCCAUACCUUCUUUCUGUUUCUUUAAAAAUACUGGAUCUGAUAGCAUCUGCAUAAAAAUUAAACCAAGCUCCUAAAUGCACUAAAUUUUUGAAAUGUCAGUAUUUUUUUUGUUAUUAAAAAACAACAACCCUGUGUUGUAAGGAAAGUAAGGACCUUAUUUAGACGUUGACGUCCAUAAUGCCUUUUUACAAAGCCUGUUACUUCCCAGGUUUCUCUUUUUGCCAGAUGAUUACAUGGUGCUGUCACUUUUGAGUGUCGUUUAAGUGUCCCAAAUAUUCAGGGGUCCCUGAGAACCAUUGUACGUAUGGGACUCCAAAGGGUGGGACGACAUUUUUUCACGUUCCUUGCCCUCCUUAUGAGAGUGUCCGUUUUCACAGAACAUUCCAGGACUAGAAAAAAAUAAGUUGAUUUCCACAAUGUGCCUGCACUCGUUUUUUUGUUUUUUUAAAAAAUACAUCUUAUUGUUCAUAUCAUUCUGUCCUUUUGUUAGAUACCCCAAGAUGUAAGGGGAGUUUUCUGUUUAUUUCAUAUAUGUCAAAGGGCUUCCUACCCUUGCAGCAGGAUGAGGAAUAAUGCAUCCCAUUCAGGAUUUCAGUGAACAAGCUGUGAGCCUUUUCUCCAUGUUGUUCUGCUGUUCUGUUCCGUUUAAACUGCAGCCAUUCAGCUGGCUUGACUGGAGUUACUGCUAAACUAAGCAAGUGGCAGGGUGUGUCACCAGACAGAAACUUGAUUUUCUGUGUGGCCAUGCUGGGAGUUUUCCCUAAACCAUAUUUUUGCCUCUUCCACAUGCCUUCUUCGACUAUAAUCGAUUCAUUCCAGAAGUUAGCAGCUUUUUCUCUUAAAAUAAUUGUAUAUUUUGAUGUAAGAAUGUAGUGCCUUACUCAAGAUAAUAGUUACACUGGGGUCCUUUUCUAAAUAAAGUAAAGCAACCCUGCAGGUUGAAAA